UCUGAUAUCGAAACAGUCACGUACCGACUUAUUCGAACGGAAAGUCUUUGAGAGUGGUCCUAUCGUCUUGCUGCAUCUUCGAUAUUACUUUUUAAAUCUUGAAACAUGGGAUUAAAUCACGUGACAGCUAUUGUAUUUUCGUUCGUAUUUGUGAUGCUAUGCGCGUCUUUGCCGGUACAGGAAAAUAUUUUUACGUGCGACUGCAAUCAUUGCAAUGUGAAGAGUACGAUCGAUCCUGGAGAAAAGGAAAUGACUACGAUCGUUCCGGAUGAAAAAACGAGUGAAAAAAAAAGCAACAGUAGCAAUGGUGAUGAAACAAUCUGCGCUCGUGAUCGCGACUUCGAAGACAAAACCUUUUCGAGCGUGUGUCAUAUGCUUUGUUACAAUAAAUGUACUCAUUUUCGUAUAGCUCUGCAGAAGAAUACGACAAGAUACAUUACUGUUAUUUAUAGAACAAAUUAUUACAAAUUGUGGAAUGGUCCUUGUUAAGGAAAAACAUACUUGACGUGGAUAAAGGAAAAUAUCAAACAUUUAUCUAAUAGAUAUAUCUUAUAAAGAGGCAAAAGAUGUAAUGAACUCUAUGUUAUUACAUUAAAACAAAAUGAUAAUUGUUAACAUUUUUUAAAGUAAUGUAUAGAAUUUGAUCAUGCGUGAUUUCUAUUUUCUUGCGAACACAUAAUUUCGCUCCUAUUUAUAUGGUCUUUUUUCUUUGUAUUAUGCAUUAUUUCUAAUUAAUUCCUAUCCCUUUGAAACCGUCUAAUCAUCUCGUGACGGUUCCCGCAUAUCCCUACUCUAGCUGCGUCACCUCACUUGUUCAAGAACCUAGUUCUCUCUUCAGCCGCUAUGUUGCGCAUAGUCGAAUAUAUUGCCACAGCAAAAUGUAACAUAGUCGUAUUCAAAUAUCGUGUUCAACGGUGAGAAAGCAUACUUACCUGGCGCAGAGGUUACCGUGAUCAAGAAGGCGGUUCCUCCAGGGCGAGGCUCUUCCAUUGCACUACGGUUGAGCUGACCCUUGCGAAUAUCCCUAAUGUGGAUAUCUCGGGCGUAUAAUUUUUGGUAGUCGGGACUGCGUUCGCGCUAUCCCGGU